UAACCUGUCUCUUUCCUCUCUCUCUCAUAUCUAUCUUAAUAUUAUUUUCAAAAAAAAAAAAAAAAACCAUAGAAAGUGCGAGAAAAAGUCACGGUUUUGGCAGCCGAUGGCGAAUCUACCCCAAUCGCUCUCCAUGAACGCGCCGUUCGGAGGUCCGAGCGCGUCUGCCCCAGGCGCCGCCGGUGCUCCGCCUAGCAAGGACCGGAAAAUGGCAUCGGCCGAGCACUUGGUGCUCGACCUCAGUAACCCUGAUCUUCGAGAGAACGCUCUCCUUGAACUCUCAAAGAAGAGAGAAUUAUUUCAAGAUUUGGCUCCAUUGUUGUGGAAUUCUUUUGGUACUAUUGCUGCACUGUUACAGGAGAUAGUUUAUAUAUACCCUGUAUUGUCACCACCAAAUCUAACUCCUGCACAAUCGAAUAGAGUUUGCAAUGCUCUUGCACUUCUUCAGUGUGUAGCCUCUCACCCUGACACGAGGAUGUUGUUCCUCAAUGCUCAUAUACCAUUGUAUCUGUACCCCUUCCUUAAUACAACAAGCAAGUUAAGGCCAUUUGAGUACUUGAGACUGACUAGCUUAGGUGUCAUUGGUGCCUUAGUAAAGGUUGAUGAUACAGAAGUUAUCAGUUUCCUCCUCUCAACAGAAAUCAUUCCACUCUGCUUGCGCACCAUGGAAAUGGGCAGUGAAUUAUCAAAAACAGUUGCAACAUUUAUAGUUCAAAAAAUUCUGUUGGAUGAUGUGGGCUUGGAUUAUAUCUGUACCACAGCAGAACGGUUUUUUGCUGUAGGUAGAGUUUUGGGGAACAUGGUUGCAGCCCUUGCUGAACAACCCUCGUCCCGUCUUUUGAAACAUAUUAUUCGAUGCUAUCUUCGUUUGUCUGACAAUCCAAGGGCUUGUGAUGCAUUAAGAAGUUGCCUUCCGGACAUGUUAAGAGAUGCUACCUUCAGUAGUUGCCUCCGUGAAGAUCCCACAACAAGGAGGUGGCUGCAACAGUUGCUUCACAAUGUUGGAGUAAACCGGGUUCCUUCACUACAGGCUGGUGCAGGAUUUGAUCAUAUGAUGGUGAACUAAUAAACAUUAUGCAAUGUUUUGUCCGGCUUCUCAUAUGUUUUGUUUUUUUUUUUUUUUAAAUCCCUGCUCUAGAUUGGGUAGCAUAGGGAGAGUCACCUAUCUAUCUUUUCUUUGUUUUUUGAUAACCGUUUAUCUCUCUAAUUUAAUUUAAUGCUCUAACUAUGCGAUUUUUAUCUUGUAAUUAGUGAAAUGGAAUCCAGUUUGAUUA